AUGACCGGCCCGUCGUAUUUCCUCGUACUGUACUCGGCUCUUUUCCUUUUCGUUUCCACUGUUCAGGCCGCCACCUAUCAAGGUAAGCAAGAGGGGGGGGGGGGUAAUUUUUUUAGGGUUUUUUAGGGUAUUUUUGGGGUUUUGUUGGGGGUUUUUGGUCAAUUUUAGGUAAUUUUUGGGUAUUUUGAUUAAUUUUUAAGUAACAGUUAGGGAUUUGUCCACUUUUAAAAUUUUUUAGGUAAUAGUUAAAACUUUUGAAUAACUUUUAUUAGUUUUUAGAUUAUUCCUGAUAAAUUUUAGGUAAUAUUUUGAGAUUUUAGGUAACAUUUCCUGCAUUUUUAAAUUUUUUUGCCCUUUUUUGGGCAUUUUAAAUAGGUCUAGGUUUUUUUCAAGACAAAUUUUACCCUUCUUGCCUCAGGAAAACUUUUUUUAAAUUUUAAAAAAUUUCAAAAAAAUAAAAUUUUAAUAAAAAUGAACAUUCCAAAACACUUGGCAGCCCCUCUAAAGUGCAUUAUUUUAAUGUAUUAAUAGAAAAACGGCCGUUUUCCCUAUUUUUAUGAAUUUGAAAUGGCUAUUAAAUGUGACGUUUUACGACACAUACCUUUCUGAAAUCGGAUUUAAAACAUUGUGGAACUACUCUAUUUUGAUUGUAAUGCACUAUUCUUAAUUGAUGUCAACUGUUAUUGAACCGUGAGGUUUCGAAAAUGACGCACAGUGCAAAAUUUUUUUGGUUUGCACGGUGCAGUGGACUGCGGGAUGUUGUUGGGGGUGGAUAAAGUUGGCGUGAGGCAAAAUGGUUUUGGCAACAUGUUUAGGUUUGAAUUUAAUUGCUUUUCGCAAAUUUUAAAAAUUUUUGGACAAGCGGUUUGGAUGUAGCAACAAGUUUUGCUCGACUGCACCGUGCAGUCAAAAUAUUGUUUGCACGGUGCAGCUAAAAAUAUUCUUUUAAACCGCAAAAAUAGGCGCAACAACUGUUUUAAAAUGCCGUAGGACGUUGGGUGAACAAAAAUAAGUUGUUAAAAAUAGGGAACUUGUCCAACUUAAUGGCUAAUUACCGCAAAUUGCCCUCAAGGCAUGUUAAAGGUUAGGAACGCGUAGGAGAGGGGUAGUAUGGCCGGAAAUUCGAUUAGCACCGUAUCGAAUUACUGUAUAAUAUAUCAGUUUUUCUCACGAAUCGCACUGAAUAUUUGAUUAAUGGCUUCAACACAAUUUUGUUGCCAAUUCCAACAUAACUGUGGGAUACUAUAGUAAAUGAUGCUAUAUAACGCAUGUGAUUCGAAAGAGCAGAAGAUGUAAUUUACGGUUUCGAGUUUAAAAAGUGGCAUAUAUUUUGUUUUUUCGUUAGAAACGGCAAGAAGAAUGACGUUUUUUUGGUUGCACGGUGCAAAGGUGUGAAAACAUUGUCAUAACUUGGUUGAAUGACGACAUAACAAAAUUUACUUUUGCUACCUGUUAAAACAGUUUAUUCGUUACCGUGCAAUCAAGUUUUACUAUUUUUGAAUUAAAAAUCGCAGAGUUAUGACAAUUUAAAAAAAUUUUCAGCACCGUGCAUCAAAUUAAAAAAAUUGCUAUAACUCGGUUAAAAUUUAAAAUUAUUGAAAAUAGAUGACAGUCAUUGUAAAAUACGACCCAUGAAUCUUCUGGUUUAAAAUUUAAGUUUUUUGCGUCAGCCGGAUUGUUUGCACCGUGCAGUUUCCAAACUGCUUGGACGGUGCAACCUAAAAAAUGGCUAUAACUGGACUGAAAUAGGGAAUUAUAAAAAAUAGUUGACAGCCAUUAAAGAUAGUGUCAUUCUGAAUAUUUUUGCUAAAUUUCAAUUUUUUUCGACUUACCAAACGUUUUGCACCGUGCAAACACCAAAAAGUCGUUGCACCGUGCAGUUUCUCAAAACCGCUUGCACGUGCACUUUGAACUCGAAAUUGCGACAAAGUCAAUUGAGAAGACGUCUUUCAAUAGCUAUAAAAAACUGUUUACAAUGCGAAAUGACACAUUUUAAACAGAUUAAACACGAAACAUGACUUCAUCUUAACAUAGUAUGACCUCAUGCUGUAUAGCACCAAUGUGAUUUCAUUCGAAGGAACUUUUUGUUGCUACAUGACGUUCGUUGAGUGAAAUUCAAUUUCGCUAAGAUUAUCCGCUGGUCGUUUAAUCUGUCGGCUUAGUUUGCGAGUUUUAAUUUUUUGUUUAACAUAGGGUUUCAAGAGGGGGGGGGGGGAUACUGUAAUUUUUGAGAUUUUGUAAAAAUAGAGGAAAAGCUGCUUAGCGUGGAUUAAUAAUAAGAUAUUUGGCAAAAAAAGGUAGAAACAUUGAUAUUAAGACUUGUAAAAUGCGUAUCUGGUAAUUUUUCUGGCUUUGGAAAGAAAGUUUUUACAAUUUUAUGUCUUGUAAAGAAAGUUCUUGCUAUUUCUUGUUUUGUAAAGAAAGUUUUCGCUAAUUUUAAGAAGUCUGACAUUUUGGCUUGGAUGCUAAAUGCCAUUCCUUUUAACUACCCCUACAGACAUAAUGUUUUAAAUGCACUUUUAUUGAAAACAAAAGAAAAACGAUAUAUUGACAAGGUUUAUUACUUUUUAAUGAAGUUUCAAAGGUCUUUGAGUUCAAAAUUCUUUUAGUCCCUAAGGGUUUUUGGACUCUUGAGCAUGGGAACCAAUGAAAAAAUAAAGAAAAAAUGACAAGAAGUAGGUUUUUGUUAAAGGAAAUGACAAACAAUGGGGGUUUGAAUCUGAAAACGGCAAGAACUUUCUUUACCAAACAAGAAAUGGCAAAAACUUUUUAUACAAAACGAAAAAAGCUUAUGCGUCGUAUAAUUUGUCACCCGCAGGCCGCCAGCCCCCAAUUUUUGUUCAGAGCGUCAAAAAUGGCAAGAACUUUUUUUACUAUUUCAAAAAAAUUUUUAAAAUUUAUUUUUAUCUUUUUCACUUCCGAUUUUAAUAGUACGUGCCUUCCCCACCAUUUCUGUUUUGAUAUCAUUAUCUGUUAUCUUAUGUGCAUAUUCUACUCAAAACAUCGUCUCCCCAGUCGACGUUGAAGUUGGAGCUAAAAAUACGAACAUUCCCCGAAGACAAAAACAUGUUAAAAUGACGCCACAUUGCGUCACAGUUUUUUCGGCCGAAAAGAGAGAGAGAGUGGGUGAGGUUGCGCAAUCACGUAAAUAGUAGUGGAAUGACAAUAUAACAGGAAAUGACUAUGAGCUGUGACCAAAAAUGACCUUGUUUACAGUUUUUUUUUCAAAUUGAGUCGAAAUUUAAUACUCUUGAGGUUUGGAAAGAAAGUUCUUGUCAUUUUUUGCUUUGUAAAGAAAGUUCUUGUCAUUUCUUGUCCUGUCAACAAACGUUUUGUCAUUUUGACCUUUGUAAAGAAAGUUCUUGUUGUUUUACGUGAUAAAAAGGAAGAAAAAGCGCAUGUUUGGAUUGUGCAGGCUGCGGGUGACAAGUUAUAAGAUGGAUAAUAUAUUAAUGUUUUCUUUUGUUUUGUAAAGAAAGUUCUUGCCAUUUCUCAUUUUGUAAAAAAAGUUUUUGCCAUAUAUACUCAAAUUUCCCAAAUCCCAUUAGCAUCGUACUAUAGACAUUAGCAAAUCAAAUUCGGAAGAACUGCGGAGGUCAUAUGACAGUAAACAAGAGACUUGUUAAUAAGCACUGCGACAAUCGACGUCAUUUAGUACAGUUAAUUACUGUUAUUGUCCGCAAUUUAAUGUGAUUUACGGUUUUGAGGCAAAUAUUUUGGAAGGAACUUUCUUUACAAACUGAGAAAUGGCAAGGACUUUCUUUACAAAGCUUAAAAUGGCAAGAACUGUCUUUACAAAGCUUAAAAUGACAAAACCUUUCUUUACAAUAUUAAUUACAAGCUAUUUUCUACUAUUGCACUGUGCAAUCAUUACAUUUAAGUUUGCACGGUGAAGUUCUUAAUUCACUGCACUGUGCAGUCUUAUAAAUAUUGCACUGUGCAAAGAAAUAGACUUUUCUUUUUGUGUUUUAAAAUUUUUGAAACAUAAAAAAUUUUAAAAUCGGUGAAAUUUUAAUGCAUAUUAAACCAAAAAUAAUUUAUUCAAUUUACUUUGUCUCAUCUAUUAAACAUGAGCUUAUUUUUGAACAAAAUAUGAAAAAAAGACCUACCACAACGUACAAUAGGUAACAUCGUGGGUAGUAAUUAGUAUAUUAAGGCUUUUAAAAGCCUUUUUUAAUUAAAAUUUUAUCUUUAAAUACUAAAACAAGCUUAAAGAUUCAAAAACUUUCUUUCCAUCAACCAAAAAAUCAAUAUUUGCAGGCUGUCUUCUGGACGAAACCCUAUGUCAAGAUGGUGAAUCGUGCAUAACGGACGGCCUGUUCGGCCAAUGUUUCGACCAACAAUCCACCGACACGCCACCACUUCUGCUCGAUUCCGACCUCACGUUACCUCAACGUGCUUUGCUUCGGCUCGAGUUGGAACGAUUGGCCAAUGAAGGCUUCGACUGGCAAGAUGCCAUGGCACAGUGUGUUCUGGCCUACUUCAAGGUGUCGGUUGUGUACGAUCUGAGCUAUGACACUGAGUUUUGUAAUGUGCGAAGUCCGGCCAACGUUCUGCAGCUUAUCAAUGUGAGUUUUUUGAAAUUUUAAUUUUUUUUUUUAAAAUUAAAAAUUUUUGUUACCUAAAAUACUAAAAUAGCAAUUUUUUACUGUAAUAAAAUAUUUUUACACUAUUUAAAAUUAUUUCAAAAUCCCUAAACAUGCUUUUUCAUUGCACGGUGCAACCACUUUUUUUUACUGCACCGUGCACUCAACUUUGCCAUUGUUUUAAAGACCUUUAUGAUAAAAUAUUUUAAAAGUUUGGAAUGCAAGAUAAACUUGUAUUACAUAUUGAUAACAAAAAUCUAAAAAAUGGUUUUUAGUUCAUUCAAGAUGGCAGUUUAUAUGAAUUUUUAAAAAUCUGCACUGUGCAAUCGUUUUAUUUGUUUGCACGGUGCAAAAACUUUUUUGUUGUUUUAGGCCUAAAAUAGGUGAAAAUGAUAUUAAAAAUGAUAUUUUUUAGGUUAUGCAGUAUUGUUUUUAAAUAUUUCAAACAACCAUUUUUAAAAUUAAAAAAAAAUUUUUUAAUUUUUAAAAUUUCAGCGAAUCGAGACUUUUUUGAACGACGAAGAAGUGGCAGAAGAAGAUCGUAAGCAAGAAGCAUCUCGUUUCAUCCUCUCCAACCAAGAACUGGCCCCAUUACUCGACCAGUCGGUGACAAAGAUCGUCGAAGAGCCUUCUGAUUCCCAGAUCGUGGCUGACGAAGGGCUUCUGGUGGACGAAGAGACCGGCGAAAGUGUACCAGUACUAGUGUUCGAUGAAGCCGAUCUAGAGCAGGCUUUGGCUAAAGAAUCUGAAGCUGGUUUUGAAGCGGAUUCGGAGAAUCGACCGGUCGUUGAUGCGAUUCCACAGGCUGUGGAGGUUUCUGAAGCUGGUGAUGAUGAAUCCAAUGGUACUGUUCAGGAUGAUUCAGCACCAGUUUUGGUACUGAAUGAGGAAGAAGCUGAUGCAUUAGAAGAGGCGUUGGAGAAGGCUGGUGUUAGCAACGCUGAAGAGGCCAAGUCUGUGAUCGAAAAGGCAUUGGCCAAGCUGAAUGAGUCGGUUUAUGAAAAUGUUGUGGAUGACAAAGAUGAUGGCAAAGGUCAGUUUUAUUGUUUCAAAACUUUUUUUUGAUUUUUUUGUGUUUUGUAAAAGAAUUUUCUUGCUAUUUUUGGUUCUGGAAAAAAAGUCCUUGCGAUUUUCCGUUUUGUAAAGAAAGUUAUUGUCGUUUUUAAUUUUGUAAAGAAAGUUCUUGCUAUUUUUAAUUUCGUAAAGAAAGUUCUUGCUCUUUUAUGUGAUAAGAACGAAGAAAAAGCGUUUUUUUGUUUCGUGCAGGCUGCGGGUGACAAGUUAUACGAUGGAUAUGUUUUUUAUGUUUUGUAAAGAAAGUUUUUGUCACUUCUUGCACUGUAAAGAAAGUUUCUGCUCCAAAUUAAAAAAUCAAAACUUUGUUUACACUUUUGAGACCAACAUGAUGUUUUAUGACAUAUAAAGAUACCACGAACAGCACGUUCGCGUGAGAGCACAUAAUUACGCUAGUGCUUUAUAAAACUUUUAUUAAUUAGGGGUAUUCAUGAAACCCUGAGGGCGAAAGGAUUAACGUCAACGGAACAGUGUAGUAUAAUAUAAGUUUGUGUAGGGGUUGAUAAGUGUAAUAUCGGAUAUGAUGUUUGGUAAAAAAUGUCAUAAACAAGGUUUAGAAAGCAAAAAAUUGUCGUGACUUCCGAUGGAAAAUAAAAAAUUGCAAGAACUUUGUUUACAGAAUGUAAAAUGGCAAAAAUUUUCUUUACAAAACAAAAAAUGGUAAGAACUUUCUUUACAAAGUAAAAAAUAGCAAGAACUUUGUUUACAAAAUAAAAAGACCUGUUUUGUAGAAGUGGGCAACAAGUCAGCGUAUAACAUGUCACCCGCAGCCUGCACGCCAAAAAAAAACUUGUUUUUUAUCCCAAAAAAUGGCAAAAACUUUCUUCACAAAACAAAAAAUUAUUUUUUCAUUUCGAAUAUGCUAUAAUAAAUGACAUUUUUCCAGAAAAAAGAUCUCUCGAAGACCCGAAACUGAGCAAUGACGAAGAAAAAGAGCUGAAACAGUACGUCGAUGACAUUCUGGAAACCAAAAAGUCCGACAUUAAAAAACUCACCACUCCCCAAUUGGAGAAACUCAUCGGAUUCGUUGUGCAACUUCAAGAAACUUUGGCAACAGCCGAAAUUGAAGAACCAACCGAAAGCAACGCUGAACUGGAAGAAGUGGUACCACUCAACUCUGAACACGAUGGACAACAACUGCUGUUGAAGAAGGACAUUGAGAAGUUUGUCGAUGAGGAUAUGGGUAGGCUUUUAAAAAAUAAUUUUUUUUUUCAAAAAAAAAUUUUAAUUUGAAAAAUUUUAUUGAAAAUCAAUUUUUAAACAUUUUUUUUUGAGUUUUCUUCAAAAUUUAAAGCUUGCACGGUGCGAAACUUACUUUUAUUUUGCCUGCACUGUGCAAAAAAUUUUUUAAAAAUUCGAAUUAUGCCUAAAAUAGAAAAUUUUCAAAAAUGACUUUUAACGCAUUUAAAACAUUAAAAAGACUGUCUAAACUUAAACUUUUAAGCCAUAUUGCCUAUAGCAUCAAAAGUUAUAAUUAUUUUAAUUUUGACUGCACCGUGCAAAAAUUAUAAAUUUUAUAUUUUGCACUGUGCAGUCCAAAUUUUGGUCAUAAAUCAUGACAAAUCUCAAAUUUUUUGAAAAAUGGUUAAAAUACUUUAAACAGCGUCUAAAUAGGUUUCUAAAUUUAACGUUUUAAGUCAUUUUAUUAGAAAUGCCAAAAGUUAUGGCAAUUUAAAUUUUGACUGCACCGUGCAAAAAUUAUAUUCCUUUGCGCCGUGCAUUAUUUAAAUUUAAAAAAAAGGACUUGUAUUGCUUUUUAAUUGAAUAAUAGAAGCGUAUUAACCUUGACAAGUAUACUAUCUAUAAUAGACAUGUCCUGGAUAUUGACAUAGGUUUAAAAAUAGCUUGAUGUCAUAAUUGGCAAAACAUUUGAAGUAAUAACAAAAACAAUGUUGUUAUUGAGUUAUUUAUGAAAGGCUUGUUAUACUUUGUAAGAAAGUCAAAAUUACUUUACAUUAAGGCUUGUUAUUGCAGUAAAAUGACGUAUAUUGUAGUAGGUAUAGGUGUAGAUAUUGAUGUUUAGGUAUUUUUACACCGCUUUUUCUUAAAAAUUAAAUGACAAUAUGACAUUACAUUACCAUACGUAACUAUACAAACCUAUAAUGCUACUUAUAUGUUAUGUUUAUUUACUAUGUGAACCUAUAUACCAUAUAAAUGAUGUACAUGUACCCCUUCCCAUAGUUAAAUUGACAUUUCUCACACGCUACGCUAUACGAAUAUGUUAUUCUGAAAUCAUUAUCGGACCGAUAAACAACCACAUAACAUCCUGAAAUGACAUUCAGGCACUGUACGAGAUUAAUGUAUUAUUCAACAUACCAUAGUAAUACAGUAGGAAAUGGACGGUUUACUGUAAUUUAAUAUAGGAAGUAUAGUUAUAAAUGUUAUAUUUAGUCUAGAAUGGUACAUAAUGCUCUUUUGGCUCGAAAAAUGCACUUCAAAGUAGGAAAGAGGGUCCUGCAGCCUGCAAGUGACAUGUUAUACGAUGCAACAUGUUUCUCACUUUUUCGGCCAUAAACUAUUAUAUUCGUAUCUUACCGUGUAAAAAAUCAUUUUUAAAAGCAAAAAUUUGUAUUUUUAGCAUUUUUUUCAAAUUUCGAAAUUUCAAAAAAAUUUUAAAAUUUCAAAAAUUUAAUUUUUUUGCUAAAUCAGGAAAAAAAUAAAAAUUUUUCAGGACUAGCCGAUGUAGAGCACAAAAUAGUGAAGGGCGACAUCCAACGAGUCGAAGGUAACCGCGUCUACAUCAAAGUCGGCCGAGAGAACAUCACCGAGGACGAGCUGUACAAGCUUGUGUCAUUUUUGGAUGAGAAAAUCGCUACACCCAACAAUCUCUACUUCAACGACUUCCAAUACGAUGAUGGACAGUUGAGCUUCAGGAUCUCGAGAAUCGAUGACUUUUACAAAAAGAACGACAAAAGAGUGGCUAGCGCGAGUGGAGUGGCUCAGGCUGUCUGUAAGUUACCGUAACUUUUUGAAUUUUUUACAUUUUAUUGGUCAGUGGGUCCGUAUUUUACAAUAACAACACAUUUUUGAAGUUUUUUUACAGGUUUCAUAAAUUGCACGGUGCAAUUAUUUUUUAAUUUGUUUGCACUGUGCAAAAAAAUUAUAUUUAUCAUAACUUUAGACGAAUUUUAAAUUUUCGAAAACAAUUUAAACAGCUUUUUAGAUAUUAAAAGGAAAACAUAAAUUUAAAUUGUGAGACCAUAUUAUCUAAAAUGUCAUAAGUUGCAACGCUUUCAAAUUUGACUGCACCGUGCAAAAGUUAUAUUUUCAUUGCACCGUGCAAACAAAUAAGGUUUUUUUUUAAAUUUGUAGUUUUUAGUCAAAAAUGUUAUCAUUUGAACUUAAAGUAUAACUUUACUAUUGCAAAACGUACUAUCCACCCACAUUAAAAUGACAUUAUCAUCACUUUUGAGCUACAAUUUCCAAAAAUUUUCAAUUUUUUGCAACAAAUUUGUGCACAGUGUAAACAACUAUUGUAUCGCACGAAUUUGUAACGUAAAGUCAAUUAAUUUCGUAUUUUCAAUAAAGGUUUUCAUGACGCCGAAGCCAUAAUGCAAUUAAAUUUUUUUAUUUUUUAAUUACGUUACCAUAAUAUUGUACUAGGCGGAAGUCUUUUUUAUGAAAAAUAAUAGAGAUUUUUGUCAGAGAAGAUAAAAAAUAUCAGAAUUUGAUAAGAAAUGUCAUCUAAAGUUAAAAAAAAUGAUUUUGUUACCUAAAAAUUUAAAAAAUUUUGUUUUUUGCACGGUGCAAAAAAUUUAUAAUACAUUUCGUUAUACAGGAGUUUUAAAUGCACUGUGUAGUGUUGGCCGGGGAUUUAAAAGUUGUUCGUUAUACGGGAGUUUCGUUAUACAGGAGUUUCACUGUAUGUCAAAACUUUAAACAAAUUAAAAAUUUUUAAAAAAUAUUUAAUCCGCUUUUUAGGUAGUACAAUAAUAACCUAAAUUUCAAUUUUGAGACCAUUAUACCUAAAAUUUCAUAAGUUACAAUGCUUUCAAACUUGACUGCACUGUGCAAAAAAUUUGAAUUUCUAGAACUUUAGGCAAAAUUCAAAUUUUUGAAAAAUUUUUAAACAGCAUUUUAAAAAUUAGUUAUGAUACCUAAAUUUUAAUUUUGAGACCAUAAUACCUAAAAUAUCAUAUGUUACAAGGCUUUCAAAGUUGGCACCGUGCAGUCGGAAAAAAGCUAAUUUGCACAGUGCAACUUAAAAACAAAAAAAUGGCCAAAAAAUGUAAAAAUACGAGUGACUGCAAUCUUGGUCCCAAAAAAUCUAUAAAUAUAAAUCAUUAUAUGCCUAUGCUACAACAUUGCAGACAAACGCCGAAAGGACAUUCAAACGUUGGCUGGAGUCAACGUUGAUGAGACUGGAAUCGGAUCAGGCGUGGAUGUGGUGCCGGUAGAGAAAUCUGGCCGAGAUUGGCUUUUCAUGCCAAUUCUGGCCAUCUGCGCUUUCACUAUCACUUCAUUGGUCGGGGUUUUGGCGGUUCAUUUGAUCAGGAAUCGACGACGAAACUACAAGGGAAGCAACUUCCCUGAGGUGGUCGACUGUUUGGAGGGAAAGGCUUCUUAUGAGGUAGGGUAUUGGGGAAGAUUAGAAGUUUUUGAGGGUCUGAAGAAAAAUAGGAAUGUUCUUGCCAUUUUAAGUUUUGUAAAGAAAGUUCUUGCCAUUUUAAAGUUUGUAAAGAAAGUUCUUGCCAUUUUAAGUUUUGUAAAGAAAGUUUUUGCCAUUUUAAGUUUUGUAAAGAAAGUUCUUGCUAUUUUAAGUUUUGUAAAGAAAGUUCUUGCCAUUUUUUGAUUUGUAAAGAAAGUUCUUGCCAUUUUAUGUUCUGUAGAAAGUUCUUGCCAUUUCAAGUUUUGUAAAGAAAGUUCUUGCCAUUUUAUGUUCUGUAAAGAAAGUUCUUGCCAUUUUAAAUCUUGUAAAGAAAGUUUUUGCCAUUUUUAAUAUUUUUUCAUUUCAGGAGCUCUGCCGUCAAAGAAUGACCCAAGACCCAGUGACUACUGUCGGAAAGUCGGCUUCAACUUCUUCAUGGUAUGUUACCUGAAAUGUCAUAUUAAAUACUAUAUUAGUACUGUAGGCAACCAUAACAUCAUAGUUCUGUGUUGUUUAUAAUCACAGCAGUACUAUUUGAUGUUAUAUAUACUUUUAGAUAUACUUCUAGUUUUGUACAAUCUAAAAGUGUUACCUAAAAUUUUUUUUACACUGUUAUAAUAAUAUGCAAUACGUUGCAAAAAAGAUUAUAUUACAGUACAUAACAAAUCACAGAAUGAAUAAUUUAUUUCAACAUACUCGUUAGUACUAUAAUAUUUAAUUCUACAUUCCGGAAAACAGCUUUUAUAUACUAAAUCGCACCUGUUUUCGAUGUAGUAAUACUUAUUUAAAAUUUUUUAUACAAGUUUAAUUAAAAUUUUUGAAAAUUUUGUACUUUGUUCUUUCAAAAAUUGAUUUUAUGGGUUGGAAAGAAAGUUCUUGCCAUUUUAUGUUUUGUAAAGAAAGUUUUUGCUAUUUUUGUAUUGUAAAGAACGUUAUUGCCAUUUUAUGAUUUGUAAAGAAAAUUCUUGCCAUUUUUUGCUUUAUAGAAAGUUCUUAUGUUCUGUAAACAAAGUUUUUGCAAUUUUUGUGAGAAAACCAAUAUAAAUUGUAAUUUCAGGCCAGAUGAAGCUCUGCUACAAUCAUGUAACUUGGACAUUUCUACUGGACACGUCAUUUUGGUGAGUUUUUUGAUUUUCAAAAUUUUAAAAAUAAAUAUUUAAAAGAAUUAAAACUUCACAAAAACGAUACUCCUAGGGACGUAUUUUACAAAACGUGUUAGUUUUUUUUUUAUUUUUGUUUUAAAAUUUAAAAAAGAGCUGUGCUGCAGCCUGCAAGUGACGAGUUAUACGAUGAAUACCAUCUUUAUAUUGUAAAAAAAGUUCUUGCCAUAAAAGGUUUUGUAAAGAAAAUUCUUGGCAUUUCUUAUUGUGUAAACAAAGUUCUUUCCAUUUCCUGUUUUGUAAACAAAGUUCUUACCAUUUUAAAUUCCAGUCCUUCCUUCAAGAGUACCUUGACACGCCCGAGAAGAUCGAAGAACAAUGGAAGUCGGUAGCCGAUUACCGUAACCUCGUAGCCGAAUCCUUGAUUGGCCAAACCGAAGCGAACAAGUCGAAAAACGUCGACCAGUCGAUUCUGCCUUACGAUGAGAACGUGGUGUUGGUGAAGGACGAGCUGGGCAACGAGACCUAUGUUAAUGCCUCGAGGAUUACCGACAGCGACCCAAGACAGGCCGCUUACAUUGCUACACAACAUCCGACCGAGCAGACUCUGGUCGAUUUCUGGCAAUGCAUUUGGGCUGAAGGAAUCACGCUGUUGGUGAAUCUGACUGAUCAAGCUGAACAGAAGAAGUUCCAAAAGUACUGGCCGGAAGAAGGCGCCAAGACUUAUGGCAUCUUUGAGGUAAAUUUUGAAUUUUUAGUUUUGUAAAGAAAGUUCGUGCGAUCUUAUGAUCUGUAAAGAAAGUUCUUGCUAGUUUUUGGGCUGUAAAGAAAGUUCUUGCGAUUUUUUGCUUCGUAAAGAAAGUUUUUGCCAUUUUUGGCUUUGUAAAGAUUCAAAUGAUAUAAUUCUUGUUAUUUUUUGAUUUGUAAAGAAAGUUCUUGCCAUAUUUUGUGAUAAAAAGCAUAAAAAAGCUAUUAUAGCGUGCAGGCUGCGGGUGACAAGUUAUACGAUGAUUCCUUGCCAUUUUUUGUUUUGUAAAGAAAGUUUUUUCCAUUUCGUUGCCCAAAAGCUUUUUUUUUACUACUGUGCAAGGCUGCGGGUGACAAGUUAUACGAUAGAAAAAUGUUGUGUCCUUUGUAAAGAAAGUUCUUGCCAUUUUUCGGUUUGUAAAUAAAGCUCUUGCCAUUUCUUGCUUUGUAAAGAAAGUUCUUGCCUCAAUAAGUUUAAAUGUUCAAUUUCCAGGUCCACCUAGUCUCAGAGCACAUCUGGAGCGAAGACUACAUGGUUCGAUCCUUCUACCUCAAGAACACCGUAACCAACGAGACCCGUACCGUAACCCAAUUCCAUUAUUUGGCGUGGAGUGAGGAUGGUAAUCCACCUUCGGUCAAAUCGUUAUUGGAGUUCCGUCGCAAGGUCAACAAGAGUUACCGUGGUAGACAGUCGGCCAUCUUGGUGCACUGUAGUACUGGUACCAAGCGAACUGGUACCUACUGCUUGAUCGAUAUGGUCAUUAAUCGGAUUACUAAAGGUAUGUUUUGAAGCUUUUUAAAUUUAAAAAUUUUUUUGUCUAAAAAUUAAAUUUUAGGCUUAAAAUUCAUUGUUCGGCUUAGGAUUGACUUUUUAGGAUUAGAAUUGAUUUUUAGGUUUAAAUUUGAUUUUUGUCGUUAUUAUUAAUUUUUUAGGCUUAAAAUUACGGUUUUAGGCUUAAACUAAAUUUUUACGCCUAAGAAGCGAAUUUCAGUUAUAAACGUUAAUUUUAGGCUUAAGAAUUCACUUUUAGACUUAAAAUUUAAUUCAUAAACAUUAAGUUGGUUUUUUUUGCUUAAAUUUACAUUUUUAGGCUUAGAGCACUUUUUAGGCUAAAAAUAUAAUUUCUGAUUGAAGAUGUGCUCUUUAGGCUUCUAAUUUACGUUUUUAGGCUUAAACUUUAUUUUUAGGCUGAACUUGAUUUUCUAAGCCUAAAAUUUGGUUAUUAGGCUUAAAAUUUGGUAAUUUGGGUUUUAGGCUUAAAGUUUAGUUUUUAGGCGUAAAAUUGAAUAUUAAGCUAAGGAUUAGAUUUUUAAGUUUAAAAUUUGGUUUGUAGGUUUAGAAUUGAACAUUAAGCUUAAAAUUCAAUUUUUAGGCUCAAGUUUUGGUUUUUAGGCUUAAAAUUCGGUAAUCUGUGUUUUAGGUUUAAAAUGUACUUUUUAGGCUUAAAAUUGUAUUUCUAGGCCUUUUUUAAACUUAACUGACGGAAGUGCGUAUUUUACCAAUAUUUAGGCUUCAAAAAAAAUAAAAUUUUAAUUCUUAUAUUGUAGUAGGCAUCUACCUCCACUACCUACUUCAAUAUAAAAUUUCAAUGCUUAACUUCAAUAUUAUUGUAGGUAUCAAAGAGCUGAACAUCGCCGGCUCAUUAGAGUUCCUGCGCGACCAACGCCAGGGCAUGGUGGGCAAUGCGGAACAGUACAAGUUGGUGUUCGCUUGUGUCGCCGAGGAAGUCAGCGCAUUGUUGAAGAACCUACAACAAUAA